AUGGCCUACAUAAUCUCAGAGGCUCAGGCAGGGUUUAUUCCAGGAAGGAAGAUAGCAGACAACAUCAUUCUAGCACAUGCACUUAUCAAAUCUUAUGGUAGGAAGCAUAUCUCCCUCAAAUGUAUGAUAAAGAUAGAUCUACAAAAAGCUUAUGACUCAUUGGAGUGGAUCUACCUAGAGCAAGUUAUGGAAGGACUGAGGUUCCCAGGGAAGUUCAUCAAAUGGGUAAUGAACUGUAUCAAAACAGUUAAUUACUCUAUUCUACUAAUGGAGAAUCAGUUGCACCAUUCAAUGCAGCCAAAGGCUUGA